GAUGUCAACGAAAAAUUGCAACUGUAAAGACUCGGCUAUCGUCGAAGGUAUUUUUGAUAACGUUUGGAACACUGGACCGAGCAACGAAGAUUUUCUGUCUCUCGCUGGUAGCGAUGCUGAAAUUUCACCGAGCUCUAUAAAGUCAUACACCCUGACCAACUCCAAUCGGAUGGAAGUCGUUUUAAUCACUUGGGGAGCUACAAUCGUUUCUAUUAAAUGCCCCGAUAAAUAUGGACGAGCGGAAGACAUCGUUCUUGGCUUCGAUGAUCUCGGAAGCUACAUGAAUCCUCAAAUAAAUCAAUACUUUGGCUGCACACUUGGCAGAUGCGCUAAUCGAAUAAAAAAUGGGAAUUUCAGUAUCGGAGAUAAAAACUAUCAGGUCUCUAUGAACGAAAAUGCGACGCAUCACUUGCACGGAGGGGAGAAUGGUUUUAGUCGGCAAAUCUGGGAUUCUUGCAUCGAUGGUUGUAACGUUGUGAUGAGCUACAUGAGCGCGGACGGCGAAGAAGGUUACCCUGGCGCUGUACUUGCCACGGUAAGGUUCAAACUUAGCCCGGACAACAAGCUCGAGAUUAGCAUGAGAGCUACAACGACCAAAUCCACAAUCGUCAAUUUAUCCCACGGAUCGAUGUUCAAUCUUGCUGGUCACGAUGCUGGAGAAUCGGAGUUGAUGAGACACCGAGUGUCCUUGAACUGCGAUCGAUGGACUUUUACGGAUUCGCACGAUCCCCUUCCGACUGGAGCAGUUCGCGGGGUUGGAGGAACGGUCAUGGAUCUCCGGAUACCUAGAAUUCUUCGUGAUACCAUGGGAAAAAUACCGGGUGGCGAAGGUUUCGAUCAUAAUUUCUGUGUUGUGAAGGGUUUGCAAUCGGGAGGGAGUUUCGUCGCUCGAGCUUUGCACGGGGAAAGUGGAAGAAUUUUGGAAGUUUACUCGAACCAACCCGGCGUGCAAUUUUACACCGGCGCUCGUUUGCCAAGUCCCUACGUCGAAGAAGGGGAUGAACAAGACCCGGAGGAACCGGAUCUUCCGAUUCCGAGUAAUUUUACGAGCGAGGCCAGUUUCGGAGAAAUUCAUUUUCACGAAGAUUUCAACAGCGAGGUGACCCGAAAUAAAAUCGCAAAUGCAUCGGGCUACAUACCGGGGAAAAAAGGAGCGAAAUACCUAAAAUUCGGGGCCUUCAGUAUUCAGCCGCAAAACUUUCCAAACGCGAUAAACUUCCCCCAUUUUCCCUGCUCUGUUCUGCGUCCUGGGCAAGUUUACCACCACGAUUUGACAUAUAAAUUCGGCAUUCAACUUGGCAAUUACAUGUGAAAUGUGAAUAAUAAAAAUAAAUUUGAAGAAAGUUACUCACUGUGCCC